GAUAAAACUGCUUGAAUAUAAACUGUUCAUUGGCGAAUAACUGCAAUCAUAAAAAGCAAAAUGAAAAGUUUGUAAAAUUGUAAAAGUGGGUAAAGAGAGGAAAAAAACUGAUAAAUUAGUUGCUGAUUCCCAGGAGCGUGCUUAUUGGCGUAUUCAUAGGCCUCCUCCUGGGUUUGCCCCUCCUCUUGAACCGUCCCCCAUUCUCUCCCUUCGAAAAGUUGUACCUGCCAGUCCCGGUAAUUCACAGUUGGACAUUCUGAAGCGGCAAGUUCCUCGAUCUCGAGUGAGAGUGUCACAAGCAUCAGAAAACCUUUUCCAACAUGCAAAAAUGUAUAUGGAGUAUGAUCCAUUCCUCACACCAGCUCAGCCAUCUAACCCUUGGAUCUCAGACGACCCAAGUCUUUGGCAGUUUAACGCACCACUGGUUGAGAUUCCUACUGAAAAGAGAGUUAAAAAGUGGGCCUUAUCUUUUGAAAAUCUGAUAAAAGACCCUACAGGAAUUCAGGAAUUCACCAAUUAUUUGAAGAAAGAGUACUCCCAUGAGAACAUAAGAUUUUGGCUCUCUGUGCAGGAACUGCGGCAUUGUUCGCUAAAACAAGUUCCUGAAAAAGUUAAUAAGAUUUAUGAGGAGUUUCUCGCAACUGGUGCUCCAUGUGAGAUCAAUAUUGACUCCAAAACCCAAGAAGAAUCUCUUACAGAAAUGAAAGCCCCAUCAAGAUUUACAUUUGAAGCUGCCGCUCAUCAUGUAUAUACUGUUUUACUGGCUAAAGAUUGUUAUCCACGAUUUACAAGAUCUGACCAAUUUAAAGGUUUGUUAGCUAAUGCAAUACAACCUCCAACCAAGAAAAGAUUUUUUGGAUUUGGAGGGGUUGGGAAGAAAAAAAGUUGUGCGAUAGCGGGAGCAGCUGCGGUCGUAACCGCAAGUGCUGGAAAAAGGAGAGGAAGUGAUAGGAGCCUCACCGGAGCAGCUCAUGAGGUUCCUCCCUGCUUUACUUCCCAAGUGCCUCUUUCUUCUUCUCAAUCCAAUCUUCAUGAACUUCCAGUUCGGGACUGUGGGGUGAGUCCAGAAAAAACUUUGUCCAAAAAGGAAGCGAAAAUGGAUGCUUCCAAAGGUGGACUGCAAGUUCCUGGAUCAUCAGUGGAUGUGGUGUCCAGGAAGCUCAGUAACUGUGCACUUGGGCCUGACCCUAAAGGUGUAUCUCCAACUGUGGAUGAAAAAUCUGAAGAAGUUUCCAUUACUCUUGUAGUAGAGGAAACUACAAAGGAGGUUGGAGAUAUCUUGAUGAAGAAAAAAGAGGUUGAAGAAGAAACCCAGGUUAAAAAAAAAGUCAAGAGGAAAGUAAGGCUGCUAUCAUCUGAGGCAAAAGAGGAAGUAGAAUCAGGAGAGGAAACAACCGUAGAAUAUGCACCUCAAACUGAUAUCUGCCCCUGGGAGGACGAGGAAAACUGUAAGACUGAAGAACCAUUCGUGAAGAAGUACGCCACCCUGGGCUAUUUGUAAUAGCCAAGAGAAAGUUGUUGAGAAAGACAUUUUGUGCUAAGGAGGUAGGACACAUUACGGGUUAUGGUUGUGUUCCCUUUGGCAUGUAUCUACCUCGCGCCUGCCUUCCUUCAUUUUUAUCAAGCUCUCACAUACAACUGAAAAUGCCAAAUAACAUACACCAAAGGUUUCAAUCAGCGAACAUUUGUUAUUGAAGUUUUUAAUAAUAGUGUCAUUUACUGUAUUACAUUACAUGUCAUUCUGAUUUUGUUACUUAUAUUUUGUGAAUAUAACUUUUUAAACUGUGUUCCUAAUUAUGGUAUGCUCAUUUACAACUAUCAUAAUGUAAAUGAUAAAAAUCAGUAAAAUUAUUAUUUAAUUAUUGACAUGUGUAAUUAUAAUUUAAAUGUGAUCAGUUUAUAUGUCAAUGUGACAGUAAAUGUUCAUUACUAUUUUAAACUGCUUGGUAGAGUAUGUGAGACGAAUUGGUACGAAAUAAUGUUAUAGAAAAAUUAUAAAAUUAAUAGUUUUUAGGACACUGUAGAUAUUGAACAAAUAAAAGAAGAAUAAAAAGAAUUUAAUAAUGCAAGAGGUUUGGAUUGACCAUUCCUUUGUAAAUAAUAAAAUUCCUUUGUAUACAUAGCCCUUUCGGCUAAGUUGUUAUACAUUUUGUUCACAUCUAUAGACUAGAUCGAGCAAGGCGAACGUCUUGUUCAAGGUACGAUUAGUAUAAAUCUGUGAUUCAUUUUUUUAAUAUAAAUAUAAUAUAAAAUAUAUUUGUUCAUAAAACUUAUUUUUUUGUCUUAAUACUGUGAUUUAAGUGUUGAAACAUUCAUUUACAAUAUAAAGC